UGGCAAAUCUUGGUUGGCCGACACCAAUCACUGCAACUCCAGAACCAGAACAAUAUCCCCAAUUUAAUUUACGCCCUACGAAAUUUCAAACAUAACAUUUGCAAAAUUUUCGCCAAAAAUCUGACCUAAUCAUUCAAAUUAAAGAUCUGGGUUUUUACGACCUACCACGAUACUAUACUUUUUAACUUUUGCUUGAUCUUUGCAAUUGCAUCUCAAAUUUUAUCGCAAUUUCAAAUAAUUAGGGUUUUUACUACUGUUGAAGAGUAAAAUUUUCAGUUCGAUCGCCCUGAAUUAGAGUACUAGAUCGCUGAUUUAAGCGAUUUGGUACUCCAGCGAAAACCCUAAUUUUGUUGAAUGUGCUUAGCAAGUGUUCAUCAAGAUGGCUACACCACAUCGAAGUGGAGUUUUGAAACGAUCAAAUGAUAGUGCAAGACUUGUUAUGACUACUAUUAUGGGAAUUGUUUUUGGGUUUUUCAUUGGAGUAUCAUUUCCUUCAGUUUCUGAUAAGAUUAAAUUAUCAUCAAGACUUAUAUCAUCAUUUGAUGGAAACUUGGCGGGCGGUAAAAGUUCUGCAAAGUCCCUUGAAGAUCUUGGAUCAGUAACUAUUCCGAAGAUAUAUGUACCGAGCAAUCCUCGUGGUGCGGAGAUGUUACCGCCAGGAAUUGUAGUUCCAGAAAGUGACUUUUAUCUUCGAAGAUUGUGGGGCGAGCCGAGUGAGGAUUUGAAAAAGAAGCCCAAGUACUUAGUGACUUUGACGGUUGGAUUUGAUCAGAAGGACAAUGUUAAUGCAGCAAUAAAGAAGUUCUCUGACGAUUUCCAAAUAUUGCUUUUCCAUUAUGAUGGUCGGGUUACUGAAUGGGAUCAGUUUGAAUGGUCUAAACGAGCUAUACAUGUCAGUGCUCGGAAGCAAACAAAAUGGUGGUAUGCGAAAAGAUUUCUGCACCCUGAUGUUGUUGCAGCUUAUGACUACAUCUUUAUCUGGGAUGAAGAUCUUGGUGUUGAACACUUCAAUGCAGAGAGGUAUAUACAAUUGGUGAAGAAAUAUGGCCUUGAAAUUUCUCAACCUGGUCUUGAGCCUAAUAAUGGUUUGACAUGGGAGAUGACUAAGAGGAGAGGUGAUAGAGAAGUACACAAGGAAACAAAGGAAAAACCAGGCUGGUGCUCCAAUCCUCAUUUGCCUCCUUGUGCUGCAUUUGUGGAAAUUAUGGCCCCUGUCUUUUCACGAGAUGCUUGGCGCUGUGUGUGGCAUAUGAUUCAGAAUGAUUUGGUACAUGGUUGGGGACUGGAUUUUGCUCUGAGAAGAUGUGUCGAACCUGCACAUGAGAAAAUUGGUGUUGUAGAUCAACAAUGGAUAGUUCAUAAAGUAAUUCCGUCUCUUGGAAAUCAGGGCCAGGCUGAGAAUGGCAAAGCUCCAUGGCAAGGGGUCCGUGAGAGAUGCAAAAAAGAGUGGGCUCAAUUCCAAAAUCGACUUGCAAAUGCUGACAAGGAAUACCUCGCACAACUCGGGAAGGGCUAAUUACUACUCUAUCAUCGGCUGCAUACUAGUGUUAAUUACUUUUGAUCCUCCCUUCUGUACUGGCACCAUGUUGGAGGAUCACUUUUCUUAUAUAUGAUGUGCUUCCGGUUUGCUAGCGGGUAUUCCUUUCACCUCUUAAGGAUGUAGGGAAGACAAGAUUACACAUUGUGCAUAGAAUACUACGUUAAUGCUAGGUAACCCAUCCCAUGUAAGUAAUUAUCUUCUCUAUGCCUUGUUGGGCUUCCCAUAUUGCCUUCUUAUAUUGGAUUACUGGGUUACAUUUACUUUCAGUGGUGCAGAUAUGCAUAGAAUUUAGAGUAUGCCCUUGUAUUAAAUUAUUGUACAAAUUUUGAACUACUGAUGUAGACAGAUAGAUGAGACUUUUACAGUCGGCAGUUCUUUUGUAGUCGACUGAGGUAGACAAAUUUGUGUUUCUUGGAUAAACAUUUUAUUAGAACA